ACAGGUGAGAUUCCAUCUGCGUUUGCUGAAUCCAGGAGCCUUGAAACAUUUUCCUUGUCGUAUAAUGAGUUUACAGAGACAAUACCUGCUGAGUUUGGCCGCUUGUCAAAUCUCAGUGUGUUAUUUCUUGGAAAAAAUCAGCUGACUGGGACCAUCCCAAAACUUCUGGGGAAUCUCACAAAGCUAACCGUUCUUGCUCUAGACUACAACAGGUUCGUAGGGGGGAAUUCCUCAGGAAUUGGGAAAUCUAGUCAACCUCGAACAGAUCGAUCUCUCGUUUAAUCAGUUAAUGGGUGAGAUCCCUUCAAGCUUUGCUCAAUGCAAGCGCCUUGAAAAUAUUUUCUUGGCAUCCAAUCAGUUAACUGGAGCCAUACCUGACAAGCUUGGCACCCUAUCGGAGCUUAGACUAUUGUCUGUUGGGAAUAACAGUCUAACUGGAGAAAUACCAUCAUCUUUUGGAAACCUUACAAAUGCGAUAUUAAUUGAGAUAAACUUCAACAAUAUCGAAGGAGUAAUUCCCAGUGAGCUUGGGUAUCUACCAAAUAUUGAAUAUCUAAAUCUUUGUCCUAAUAGGUUAACUGGUACUUUACCAAACUCCCUUCUGAAUGCUUCCACGCUUACUUUUCUCCAAGUUACUUCUAGCAAUUUAAUGGGACACAUUCCCAAUUUCCCAUUACAAUUGGGAAGUCCCUUCCAUUACUUACAAGAUUAUUCAUGAGUGACAACCAAUUCACUGGAGGAGUCGACUUCAUCACAUCACAUUCCAAUUGUAGGGAUCUAGAGUUUCUUGAUGUUGAACAAAAUCAGUUUGAUGGCGCACUUCCAAAUUCUAUAGGAAAUCUUUUUGUC